AUGGCCGAACCGAUCCCAGGCAAACGAGCUGACCAGAUGACGGCUCCUACGCCGCAAAACACUCCCGCGACAAACGCGCCCAUCUCCUCUCGAGCCCAGCAGCCUGGCGUAGCAAGCAUCAUGGAGGAUGACAUGGAGCGCGCCGCUGCCGCCUCCAUCUUCGCCCAGAACCCCCAGCUCGUCCAGAUGAUCCAGGGCCGCCUCGGCUCUCUUAUUGGCCGCUCAUCUGGAUACAUUGAGUCUCUGCCACCCACUGUUCGCCGCAGAGUUUCGGGCCUCCGAGCUAUCCAGAAAGAUCAUGCCAAACUCGAGGCUGAGUUUCAAGAGGAGGUUCUUCAGCUCGAGAAGAAGUACUUUGCCAAAUUCACCCCGCUCUAUGAGAAGCGCUCUGCCAUCGUCAACGGCCAAACUGAACCUACCGAGGACGAGAUCAAGGCUGGAGAAGAUGAAAACUUCGAAGUCCAGCCCAAGACCACCGAAGCUGACGAAGAGGGUAUCAAACUCGACAUGCCCGAGAAUGUUGCUGGCAUUCCUGAGUUCUGGCUCUCCGCCAUGAAGAACCAGGUGACGUUUGCUGAGAUCAUCACGGAUCGGGAUGAGGCUGCUCUCAAACACUUGACCGACAUUCGGAUGGAAUAUUUGCAGGAGCCAGGGUUCAGACUGAUUUUUGAGUUUUCUACAAACGAAUUCUUCUCCAACAAGACUCUCACAAAGACAUACUUCUAUCAAAACGAAAGCGGAUAUGGCGGUGAUUUCAUCUACGACCACGCCGAGGGCGACAAGAUCGAGUGGCUUCCCGGCAAGGACCUCACUGUUCGCGUCGAGGCUAAAAAGCAGAGAAACAAGAACACCAAACAAACCCGAAUUGUCAAGAAGACGGUGCCCACCGAGUCCUUCUUCAACUUCUUCUCUCCCCCCAAGCCCCCGAGCGACGAGGAGGACGAGGAAGACGAGGACGCUGCCACCGAAAUCGAGGAGCGUCUUGAGCUGGAUUACCACCUUGGCGAAGAUAUUAAGGAGAAGCUCAUUCCUCGCGCUGUUGACUGGUUCACUGGCGAGGCUCUUCGCUAUGAAGAAAUUGACGACGGUGAAUUGGAGGAGCCGGACUUUGACGAUGAGGAGGAUGAGGAUGAGGACGACCUCAGCGAUGAUCAGGAUGAAGAAGAGGAGACAGACGACGAUGACGAAUCUGGAAAGCCCAAGCAAGAAGCCGCUGAGUGCAAGCAGAGCUAA